AUGAAAUUUCGUGUUAAAAUAUCCGUGCACACGUGUCCAGUGACAAUCGAAGAUAUAAACGAAGAAUCAACUAUUUUCGAAUUGAAAAAUAAAAUCAAAAAACGGUUUACAGCUCUUCGAAAAAUUGACUUUCGUAUUAGUCUAAAUGGACAUCUUCCACUUGAAGAAACAGAACGAUUGCAAGAAUGUGGUUUGGUUAAUGGAGAUACGAUUUAUGUGUUAUUGAGUGAAGAACAAUUACGUGAUUUAAUACCUUGCAUUAGCACCUCCACACUCGUACCAACAACAACAACCACGUCAUCGUCGCUACUCAGUAACGUCACAUCUUCAAUUUGUAACCGUAACACAAAUAUGAAUCCGGUAACUUCCUCUUCCAGUGGCAUUCUAACACAACCUUUGACAUUAGACGAAGUGCGAAAUAAUGAUAUGUAUCCAAUUAUAAUGCAUAAAUUAUGUGAACAUUCAAUGCCACAAACGAAUCUUGAUUUUAUUGUAUUGGCCAUUCAUGUUCUUAUGCUGGAAAAUGGUUUUCAAAUGGUUGCCGAUAAUGAAUACGAUUUAACGUCUUCUAAAAAGUCCGAUACAUUUUAUGUCAUACGUUAUCAUCACAAAUUAUGUGGAGAAGAAAAUUUAUGUUGUUCUUUGGCCAUUAUGAAAACAGAUACAUUGGUAACAGUGGACGGUGUAAUUAAUUCAAUAUCACAAGCAUGUGGCAAACUAUUGCUUAAAAUAUCAAAUUAUUUAUAUACACAAAAAGAGAUGUCUGCAUUACAAAUCCAAUUUCCUUAUCAUGAUUUAAGAAAUUUAUCAUGUUUAUUCAAAGAUAACAUAUCAAACAAAUUAUUAUGUCGUUUACUAGAAGAAUCUGGUCAAACGUGUACUGCAUCAUUGGCAGGGCUUCCGAACGAAAUCAAAUUGCGUCUGGUCAAAUACUUACCAUUAAAAUCUUUAUUAGCAUUAAAAUCCGCAUGUCGAGGUUUUCACACAACAAUGAGUGAUAAUUUAUUGUGGCAAUAUUUGUGUAAUAGAGAUUUUGAUAAAACAGCAAUAAUGAGCAUUAGUCAAACAGAUACCACCGCUGGUGAUUGGUAUCAACGUUACAAAACAUUAUAUAUUCAAAAACAAGCAGUGAUUAAACAGCAAUAUAAAACUCCACUUUUUCAUCCAUCGUUUUUUCCCAUACCAUCAGCUGUUCAACAACAUCGUUUAUUAUUUCAAGAUGGAGUUUCACUUACAGCACCAACAUUUCAUCCAUUGCCACUUUAUCGUCCAAUUCCGCCUGGCGUAUUUCGUAAGUUAUCAAACUUUUAA